UGGUGUAUAGAUCUACCAAUGAAACAUCCUUCAAGCUGUGUAACAUUUUUGUCAACGACAUUGAACUAUGGAUUUAGAAUGAUCGGUAUCGGAAUAUUUGCAUGUUAAAAAGUAAAUAUAUUAGAACCGCUAUCUGGGACCAAAUGGUCAAAGUAUGGAAAGCUUCGGGAAUGAUUUGAAUAUUCAAAUACAUUGAUAUGAAUGUUUUCAUGUUUAAUUGUCAUUAAGCUGAUAAGGUUUUGUAAAGUAGGGAUCUAUAUAUUAGCUCCGGAUCAAUGAUUUUGAUUACGAGGCAGGAUUAUCCUGUCCCAGCGUUGUGUAUACAAUAAACACUGGGUCUUAUCUGGAUUGCUAUGAACCUCUGUGUAUUGUUUUUAAUCCAUUAAUGUAAAGGUUAAGGAUUACACAGCCCACUCCUUAGUACGGCGAUCUGGUACAACUAAAACAAAAUCACAUUCGGGGCGGUUUGCGUUCAUAUUAGUGACUGGUAGUAACUGAAUCAGUAUGGUUGUUCCUACGGAAACGCAAGGACGUAUGUAAUGAUACUUUCCGGACAAAACUUAUAUUGGGGACAAGAUAAAAAUUAAGUGAUGGAAUAUAUUUCUAGACAUGGAAAUAUUAUUUUAGGAUCAAAGUGAAGAUGGGAAUCUGGACAGGAUGACAGGAUAAGAAGAUAAAUUGGAACCAUGCUCUAGGACAGAAGACAAUUUUGGAAUUAUAUACGAAGAAUGGAAUUAAGGCUUCGCACAUUCAAUAACAACUGAUCAAUAUAUCCACGACAAAGGUGACCAAGGUGAAAUGAUAAAAAAUCAAUUAGCUUGAUUAUGAAAUUGGAAUAGUAGAAAAGGUUUCUGGAGAAUACAUCUCUAACCUUACCGGGAUACACGCACUCAGGUGUUCAAUCUAUAACAGACUUUAACGAUGGAUACGAUGGAGCUCAGACAGGGGUCAGUGAUGUCAGACAUCACAAACAAGGCCAGAACAUCACAGAGGAGGACUUCACUGUUGAUGCGGAACAACAAUAGCACGAGUCUAGCUGCUACAAGCGUCAAGGCUCAAGCACUGGCCAAUAAGUAUCGGCUUUCCAAGACUCCCAAUAAACGAGACCCGCCAACAAAAGUUAUGAGGAUCAAGAAACUUAACGAGAUGCAUGCGUCUGGCGAUUUUGAUAUCAAAGACGACGCACUCGAGAAAGCGAAGAUGCGGAAGCAAUCGGAAAGGACUACAGGCCAUAACUUCGAUGAGUUCGAUGACUUUGAUUUUGAUGAGGAAGAAGAGUAUUAUUAUGCGGACAAUAAUGAUGAGGAGCAAAGCCAGAAAAUCUACACGGAGGCAUGCAAGGAAUUCGGAGCUAAGUACAUGAAGCUGAUUUACAACCAACUCGCCAAAGAGACGUUAAGUUUGCUCAGUGUGGUACUAAGGACCAUGGACAGCAAAGCCUUCGCUACGGCCCUUGUGAAAAAUUCUACCAUUGACACGCUGAUUCUGGAAAACAAUCGAAUAGGAGGACGAGGGGCAAGGUACUUUGCUGAGGUGUUGACCCGGAACCUCUACCUCACAGACGUGAAAAUUGUAGAGAACCAUCUAGGCUCGGAAGGUGGGGAGGCGAUAUGUAAAGCACUUUGUCACAACAACUACGUAAGGCGGCUAGAUCUGUCGGGAAAUGGUUUUGUGGAGGAUGAUGCACUAUUUUUCAAAGAUAUGUUAGACGAGAACCACGCCUUACGAGAACUUUAUCUCGGCCACAACGAAUUUCGGGAAAGAGGCGGCGAGGUGUUCGCCGACGGACUAGGUAUGAACGAUUUCCUCAGGGUGCUUGAUCUCAGUUGGAAUCACCUGCGAAUGGGCGGAGCUACAGCUAUAGGAAAAGCACUCCAGGUCAAUCGUCAUUUAGAAAAGCUUGAUAUUUCUUGGAAUGGUUUUCAUGUACGUGGUGCAAUCACGAUGAGCAAGGCGCUUGAAACUAAUCAGGCUCUCUCGUAUCUAGACAUCAGCUGCAAUCGUCUAACAGACGCCUGCAUCACGUGUCUGCUACAAGGACUGAAACACAAUUCUACGCUACGCGUCAUAAGGAUGGCUAAAAACCCUAUGUUUCCUGACAGUGCUCAGAAAAUCCUGGAGUGUGUCCAAGAACAUCCUAGUAUAGGACUGGAUCUCAUUGAUCUUGGUGACCAAAGUGUCACGGAGAAAUUCUACGAGAUUCUGUCUGACCUGAAAACGAAGCGACAAGGAUUCAAGGUGAAAUAUGGCGUCGUCUGGAAGGCCGACAGGGAGGUCUUAGGAAAACAGGAUGACGAUGAGGACGAAGAUGAUCUCGUCAAUGAAGAUCCGUUGCUCGUCCUCAUGGAGUAUGCGCGCAUGGAGAACAUCUCGCUUGUGGAACUCUUCAUCAAACUCGACAGUGACAAGAGUGGGUCGUUAUCGCGGGAAGAGUUCAUGGACGGAUUGGAGCAAGUCAAUAUCCCAAUGCGAAGAAAGGCUCUGAAUAAACUGAUCGACAAAAUGGACCAAGACGGGGAUGGAGAAAUAGAUUUUGACGAGCUGAUGGAUGCACAUGAAGAACAUAAAGAAAAACUGAAAGAGUAUCUGCAAGGUGAUGUCCCUCUGGACGAGACGGAAAUUGGACGAAUUGACAAAUCUCUGAGAAAUGUCAUGAAUAAACGGUAUAUAAUGCACAAGUUUUAAUCAUGCUCAUGACUUUUGGGGCAUUGGACAUUUUAACCAUUAAGCUCACUGGACUUGAUUUUGUGCAAUUCUUUGUAGAAUGUUGAGGUCCGAGAGGAUCACCAAUAGCAUUGCAGGACGCAGUCAUAUUAAAAUCACCCAAAUCCAACUUCUUCAUUUUUCAUUAAACUGAGUUGAUUUCAGUGGAUGUGUUCUACAAUCUGUUAAUAUGAAGUGCUAUUUGCUAUUAAAACCACAUCGAAGCACACGA